AUGGCACAAAUGAAAGACGUGCACGUCGAUGGAACCGCAGACGAUCUUUUCAAGCCUGUUCAGGAAUCGUUCAGACGAAAUUUCACCGAAGGCUGGGAAAAAGGCGGUGCAGCGUUUGCAGUCUAUCACAAGGGUAGGCUAGUUGUCGAUCUGUGGGGUGGAUAUGCCGAUAAGUCAUGCAAUCGGCUAUGGAACGAGGAUACGAUGACGCUGUUGUUUAGCUGCACAAAGGCUGGUCUACCAUAUUUCGAAGAGACGCUCACUUUGGCUGACCUGACCAACCCUCUUCGGAUGGCAACCAUUAUCGAACAGCAAGCUCCAAAGUAUCCACCCGGCUCCAAAACGGCGUACCACCCGAUAACCUUCGGAUGGCUAAUAGAUCAGGUUUUCUGUCGUAUCGAACCACAUCAUCGUACUGUUGGACAAUUUCUUCGAGAAGAAAUUGAGACUAAACAUCACGUUGACGUUCACAUCGGAGAAUGUCCCACUGAAGAGAUACGCAUAGCUCGUUUCACUGGUCUGAAUAUGCCGCUUGCCGUUAGGGAGUUCGUUUACGACAGAAAAAUCGCAGUGGUGGGUGCUCGGUCGAUGAAUCCACGUGGAUAUUUUGAAAAAGGAGUCAAGAAUAUGCGACGAUUCGGCAAAGAU